AUGGAGAACCCUCUUCAGCACCCAUCCGCUCUGAAGCCUUUACCAGACAAAACGGCGAGCGCGUGCCUCCACCCACAUGCCCUGAAGCCCUCACCAGCGAAGACGGCGGGCAUGUACACCCACUCCCACGCUCCGAAGCCCUCACCCGCGAAGACGGCGGGAAUGUACACCCACUCCCAUGCCCCAGAGCCCUCACCAGCAAAGACGGCGGGCAUGUACACCCACUCCCAUGCUCCAGAGCCCUCACCAGCAAAGACGGCGGGCAUGUACACCCACUGCCAUGCUCCAGAGCCCUCACCAGCAAAGACGGCGAGCAUGCAGACCCACUUACGUGUUCCGAAGCCCUUACCAACGAAGACGGUGAACAGUGACCAGCCUUCUACACCUGAGCUUCCUGCCACACAGACACGGAGUGCAGCUGAUCUAACCUCAUCGACCAGUUCCCGGUUUCGCUCAGCAGCAGGCUCAGACCAGGACGGACCCAGCUUCCUGCAUCAGGUCGUCCACGCCUCAGCCCCCAGCUCUGAAGCCCUCACCAAUUACGACGAUCUUUAUGAGAAAAACGACAAGUGUGAUGAGUGA